AUGUUCCUCACUCUGACUACAAGGUUCCUCACACUGAGGACAAGGUUCCUCACUCUGAGGAGAAAGGUUCCUCACACUGAGGACAAAGUUGCUUUCUCUGAGAACAAGGUUCCUUACUCUCAGGACAAGGUUCCUCGCUCUGAAGGCAGGUUCCUCACUGUAAAAACAAUGUUCGUCACUCUGAGGACAAGGUUCCUCACACUGAGAACAAGGUUCCUCACUCUGAGAACAAGGUUACUCACUCUGAGGACAAGGUUCCUCAUUCUGAGAACAAGGUUCCUCAGUCUGAGGACAAUGUUCCCCACACUGAGUACAAAGUUCCUCGCUCUGAGGACAAGGUUUCUCACCCUGAGAACAACGUUCCUUACCCUGAGGACAAGGUUUUCCACUCUGAGGACAAGGUUCUUCAGUCUGAAGACAAGGUUCCCCACUCUGAGGACAAGGUUUCUCACCCUCAGGACAAGGUUCCUUACCCUGAGGACAAUGUUCCUCACUCUGAGGACAAGGUUUCUCAGUUUGAGGAUAAGGUUUCUCACUCUGAGGACAAGGUUCCUCACUCUGAGGAUAAGGUUCCUCAUUCUGAGGGCAAGGUUCCUCACUCUUAAGGCAGGUUCCUUAAACUGAGGACAAGGCCCCUCACUCUCAGUACAAGGUUCCUCACUCUGAGGACAAGGUUCCCCACUCUGAGGACAAGGUUCCUCACUCUUUGGACAAGGUUUCUCACUCUGAGGACAAGGUUUCUCACCCUGAGGACAAGGUUCCCUACCCUGAGGACAAGGUUCCUCACUCUGAGGACAAGGUUCUUCACUCUGAGGACAAGGUUACUCACUUUGAAGACUAGGUUUCUCACUCUGAGGACAAGGUUCCUCACUCUGAAGGCAAGGUUCCUCACUCUUAAGGCCGGUUCCUCACACUGAGGACAAGGCCCCUCACUCUGAGUACAAGGUUCCUCACUCUGAGGACAAGGUUCCCCACUCUGAGGACAAGGUUCCUCACUCUGGGGACAAGGUUCCUCACUCUGAGGACAAGGUUUCUCGCCCUGAGGACAAGGUUCCUUACCCUGAGGACAAGGUUCCUCACUCUGAGGACAAGGUUCUUCACUCUGAGGACAAGGUUCCUCACACUGAGGACAAGCUUCCUCACUCUGAGGACAAUGUUCCUCAUUCUGAGCACAAGGUUCCUCACUCUGAGGACAAGGUUCCUCACUCUGAUGACAAGGUUCCUCACUCUGAGGAAAAGGUUCCUCACUCUGAGGACAAGAAUCCUCACUCUGAGGACAAGGUUCCUCACUCGGAUGACAAGGCUCCUUACUCUGAGGUCAAGGCUCGUAGCUCCGAGGGCAAGGUUCCUCACUCUCAGGAGAAGCUUUCUCACUCUGAGGGCAAGGUUCCUCACUCUCAGGAGAAGCUUUCUCAAUCUGAGGACAAGGUUCCUCAUUGUAAGGACAUGGUUCCUCACGCUGAGGACAAGGUUCCUUACUCUGAGGAAAAGGUGCCACACACUGAGGACAAGGUUCUUCAUUCUGAACUCAGGUUCUUCACACUGAAGACAAGGUUCCUCACCCUGAAGGCAGGUUUCUCACUCUGAGGACAAUGGUUCCUCACUCUGACAAAAAAGUUCCUCACACUGUGGACAAGGUUCCUCACUCUGAGAACAAGGUUCCUCACUCUGAGGACAAGGCUACUCACACUGAGGCCAAGGUUCUUCACACUGAGGACAAAGUUCCUCACUCUCAGAACAAGGUUCCUCACUCUGAGGACAAGGUUUAUCACAUUGAGAACAGGUUUCCUCACUCUGAGGACAAGGUUCCUCACUCUGAGGACAAGGUUCCUCACUCUGAGGACAAGGUUCCUCACUCUGAGGACAAGGUUCGUCACUUUGAGGACAAGGUUGCUCACUCUGAGGACAAGGUUCCUCACUCUGAGGGCAGGUUUCUCACUCUGAGGACAAGGUUCCUCACACGCAAGACAAGAUUCUCACUGUGAUGACAAGGUUCCUCACUCGGAGGCCAAGGUUCCUCACUCUGAGGAGAAGGCUCCUCACUCUGAGGGCAAGGUUCCUCACUCUGAGGACAAGGUUCCUCACUCUGAUGACAAGGUUCCUCACUCUGAGGACAAGGUUUCUCACUCUGAGGAGAAGGUUCCUCAUUCUGAAGGCGAGUUCCUCACUCCGAGGACAAACCUUGUUUUCAGAGUGAGGAAUCUUGUCAUCAGAAUAACGAACCUUGUCCUAAGAGUGGGGAACCUUGUCCUAAGAGUGAGGUACCAUGUCCUCAGAGUGAGGUACCUUGUCCUCAGAGUGACGAAACUGGUUCCCAGAGUGAGGAACCUUUUCGUCAGUGUGAGGAACCUUGUCUUCAUGGUGAGGAACCUUCUCCUCAGGGUGAGGAACCUUGUCCUCAGAGAGAGGAACCUUGUCAUCAGAGUGAUGAACCUUGUCUUCAGGGUGACCAAACUUGUUCUCAGAGUGAGGAACCUUUUCGUCGGUGUGAGGAACUGGAACAUGGCCCUCAGAGUGAGGAACAUUGUCCUCAGAGUGAGGAACAUUGUUCUCAGAGUGAGAGACCUUGUCCUCAGAGUGAGGAAGCUUGUCAUCAGAGUGAGGAACCUUGUUCUCAGAGUGAGGAGCUUUGUCCUCAGAGUGAGGAACCUUGUCCUCAGAGUGAGGAACCUUGUCUUCAGAGUGUCGAAACUUGUUCUCAGAGUGAGGAACCUUUUCCUCAGUGUGAGGAACCUUGUCGUCAGAGUGAGGAACCUUGUCCUCAGAGUGAGAAACCUUGGCUUCAGAUUGAGGAACCUUGUCAUCAGAGUGAGGAACCUUCUCAUCAGAGUGAGGUACCUUGUCCUCAGAGUGAAACACCUUGGCCUCAGAUGAGGAACCUUGUCCAAACAGUGAGGAAACUUGUUCUCAGAGUGAGGAAACUUUUCGUCAGUGUGAGGAACCUUGUCCUCGGAGUGACGAACCUUUCCUCAGAGUGAGGAACCUUGUUCUCAGAGUGAGGAACCUUGUCCUCAGUGUGAGGAACCUUGUCCGCAGAGUAAGGAACCUGGUCCUCAGAGUGAGGAAACUCGUUCUCAGUGCGAGGAACAUGCCUUUAGAGUGAGGAACCUUGUCCUGAGGUGAGGAACCUUGUCCUCAGUGUGAGGAACUUUGUCCUCAGAGUGAGGAACCUUGCACUCAGAGUGAGGUACCUUGUGCACAGUGCUACGAACCUGCCUUCAGAGUGAAGAACCUUGUCUUCAGGGUGAGGAACCUUGUCCUCAAAGUGAGGAACCUUGUCCUCAGAGUGAGGAAGCUUGUCCUCAAAAUGAGGAACCUUGUCCUCAGAGUGAGAAACCUUGUCUUCAGAUUGAGGAACCUUGUCAUCAGAGUGCGGAACCUUCUCAUCAGAGUGAGGUACCUUGUCCUCAGAGUGAAACACCUUGGCCUCAGAUGAGGAACCUUGUCCUAACAGUGAGGAAACUUGUUCUCAGAGUGAGGAAACUUUUCGUCAGUGUGAGGAACCUUGUCCUCGGAGUGACGAACCUUUCCUCAGAGUGAGGAACGUUGUUCUCAGAGUGAGGAACCUUGUCCUCAGUGUGAGGAACCUUGUCCGCAGAGUAAGGAACCUGGUCCUCAGAGUGAGGAAACUGGUUCUCAGUGCGAGGAACAUGCCUUUAGAGCGAGGAACCUUGUCCUGAGGUGAGGAACCUUGUCCUCAGUGUGAGGAACUUUGUCCUCAGAGUGAGGAACCUUGCAUUCAGAGUGAGGUACCUUGUGCACAGUGCUACGAACCUGCCUUCAGAGUGAAGAACCUUGUCCUCAGGGUGAGGAACCUUGUCCUCAAAGUGAGGAACCUUGUCCUCAGAGUGAGGAAAGUUGUCCUCAAAAUGAGGAACCUUGUCCUUAGAGUGAGGUACCUUGUCCUCAGAGUGAGGUACCUUGUCCUCAGAGUGACGAAACUGGUUCCCAGAGUGAGGAACCUUUUCGUCAGUGUGAGGAACCUUGUCCUCAUGGUGAGAAACCUUCUCCUCAGGGUGAGGAACCUUGUCCUCAGGGUGAGGAACCUUGUCAUCAGAGUGAUGAACCUUGUCUUCAGGGUGACCAAACUUGUUCUCAGAGUGAGAAACCUUGUCGUCGGUGUGAGGAACAUUGUUCUCAGAGUGAGAGACCUUGUCCUCAGAGUGAGGAAGCUUGUCAUCAGAGUGAGGAACCUUGUUCUCAGAGUGAGGAGCUUUGUCCUCAGAGUGAGGAACCUUGUCCUCAGAGUGAGGAACCUUGUCUUCAGAGUGUCGAAACUUGUUCUCAGAGUGAGGAACCUUUUCCUCAGUGUGAGGAACCUUGUCGUCAGAGUGAGGAACCUUGUCCUCAGAGUGAGAAACCUUGGCUUCAGAUUGAGGAACCUUGUCAUCAGAGUGAGGAACCUUCUCAUCAGAGUGAGGUACCUUGUCCUCAGAGUGAAACACCUUGGCCUCAGAUGAGGAACCUUGUCCAAACAGUGAGGAAACUUGUUCUCAGAGUGAGGAAACUUUUCGUCAGUGUGAGGAACCUUGUCCUCGGAGUGACGAACCUUUCCUCAGAGUGAGGAACCUUGUUCUCAGAGUGAGGAACCUUGUCCUCAGUGUGAGGAACCUUGUCCGCAGAGUAAGGAACCUGGUCCUCAGAGUGAGGAAACUCGUUCUCAGUGCGAGGAACAUGCCUUUAGAGUGAGGAACCUUGUCCUGAGGUGAGGAACCUUGUCCUCAGUGUGAGGAACUUUGUCCUCAGAGUGAGGAACCUUGCACUCAGAGUGAGGUACCUUGUGCACAGUGCUACGAACCUGCCUUCAGGGUGAGGAACCUUGUACUCCGAGUGAGGAACCUUGUCUUCAGAGUGAAGAAACUUGUUCUCAGAGUGAGGAAAGUUUUCGUCGGUGUGAGGAACCAGGCCCUCAGAGUGAGGAACCUUGUGCUCAGAGUGUGGAACAUUGUUCUCAGAGUGAGGAACCUUGUCCUCAUUGUGAGGAACUUUUUCCACAGAGUUAAGAAACUUGUUCUCAGAGGUAGGUACCUUUUCGUCAGCGUGAGGAACCUUGUCCUCAGAGUGAGGAACCUUUUCGUCGGUGUGAGGAACUGGAACAUGGCCCUCAGAGUGAGGAACCUUGUCCUCAGUGUGAGGAACUUUGUCCUCAGAGUGAGGAACCUUGCACUCAGAGUGAGGUACCUUGUGCACAGUGCUACGAACCUGCCUUCAGAGUGAAGAACCUUGUCCUCAGGGUGAGGAACCUUGUCCUCAAAGUGAGGAACCUUGUCCUCAGAGUGAGGAAGGUUGUCCUCAAAAUGAGGAACCUUGUCCUCAGAGUGAGGUACCUUGUCCUCAGAGUGAGGUACCUUGUCCUCAGAGUGACGAAACUGGUUCCCAGAGUGAGGAACCUUUUCGUCAGUGUGAGGAACCUUGUCCUCAUGGUGAGAAACCUUCUCCUCAGGGUGAGGAACCUUGUCCUCAGGGUGAGGAACCUUGUCAUCAGAGUGAUGAACCUUGUCUUCAGGGUGACCAAACUUGUUCUCAGAGUGAGAAACCUUGUCGUCGGUGUGAGGAACAUUGUUCUCAGAGUGAGAGACCUUGUCCUCAGAGUGAGGAAGCUUGUCAUCAGAGUGAGGAACCUUGUUCUCAGAGUGAGGAGCUUUGUCCUCAGAGUGAGGAACCUUGUCCUCAGAGUGAGAAACCUUGUCCUCAGAGUGUCGAAACUUGUUCUCAGAGUGAGGAACCUUUUCCUCAGUGUGAGGAACCUUGUCCUCGGAGUGAGGAACCUUGUCCUCUGAGUGAGAAACCUUGUCUUCAGAGUGAGGAACCUUGUCAUCAGAGUGAGGAACCUUCUCAUCAGAGUGAGGUACCUUGUCCUCAGAGUGAAACACCUUGGCCUCAGAUGAGGAACCUUGUCCUAACAGUGAGGAAACUUGUUCUCAGAGUGAGGAAACUUUUCGUCAGUGUGAGGAACCUUGUCCUCGGAGUGACGAACCUUUCCUCAGAGUGA